UUGAGCGCAAGUAUUACAUUAAUUUAGAUAUUUUUGAGACUUUUUUGAAUAAAAGUAAUUACAAAUGGAAGAAGAGGAAGAAAUUGCAGUGGCAAAAAAGAAAUCAGAAGCGCCUCCACCCCGUCGCAAGCCCAAGAAGAUAGUUAUACCGCGUCGAGCGCCCUCUGUGAUAGUUCCUGGACGACCAAUCAUAUUCCCUUCUGCCGAUAGAAGUACUUGUGCCGAGUGUCCUUGCUACCCGAAAGAGGAUCCUUAUGUCAAACCCAAGAAGCUCAUAGCCUGUCUCAAAUCGCCACCAACGUUGUAUGAGUUGGCAGCAGCUGUGGUAGACACCUUGAGGUUUCCUGAAGCCUUCAAUUGGAGUGUGGAAGAAGUGGCUGAUUGGAUGGAGGACACUGUUGGACUGCCUCAGUAUAGGGAAUGUAUACUGAAUAACCACAUCAACGGACUAAGGUUACUCAUGCUGGAAGACCCUUCGCAUCUGCCAGAGAUCAACAUACAUGACUUCUAUCAUAUCAAGAGGAUAACCAAGCAAGUAAGAGCAGAAUUCGGCACGGAUUUCGUACGGUUCGCCAGGAGUGUCGGUUUACCACCACGGAAACCGCUCACGCAUUGCACAUGGUUCAAUUCCCGGACGGGACCCACUUGGGGGAUCAGGCAGAAUUGGAGCAGAUGCGACGUUCUUCGAUGGAUGAAGAUCAUUUUGCCAGAGCCGGUGUACUUGGACCACUGGGAUUUGGUCUGGUACCACAAGCCGGAUUUCCCGAAGCUCAUGUUCGCUAGAGUAAAGAAACAGAAGUCGGACGUCCACAUUCCUCACUACAAGAAGAUGGAAGAGGUUUGCAAGGAGUAUCAGAUUCCCCGAAAAUUCCGCUUCCAAACCGGAAUACCAGAAUCAGCCCAGAUGAUCUGGAUGGAGCACCGCCCAGGGUCCCCAAUGAAGAAGAUAAAAGAGAAAAAGCCGAAGAAAAAGAAAGAACCGACGAAGAAAAAGAAGGUUACGGUCCCUAAGGAGACAAGGCUGGUCCCGAAGAGGAUCAGUCUGACUGGGUUGAAAGGGAAGGACUUGGUUCUGGCUAGGAGGAAGAUGCCUGUCCCUAAGUUCUUGACCUAGAUUUCAGUCUACGGCGCUUGUCAGUCUUGGCAAAAAUUGUCUUCUAUUCUUAACUCUUGAGUCACCUCACAA